UGAACAACCUUUAUUUUGUACUUUAGCCCUAAUGAAACUAAUGUAGAUGUGACAGACAAUAAUGCUUUUUGGUAUGAACUAAGACGCCACAUUUUGAUACUUUGUUAUGAAUUAAAGACAUACUGAGUGGCCAAAUAUCAACUGUCGCCUAAAGUCCGAAACUCCCAAUCGCACCCUCAUAAUUUGGCGGGAAAUUUCGCAGCAGGCAAAAUGGCCGGACGACUCAAGUCUUCGAUCGUGAGCGCUUUCAAGAUGCACGGACUGUCACUCAGGAUAGAGGCCAGUAAGUUCCUGGUUGAAGCUCUGGAUCCUGUGAAUGAGGUAGAGAGGGAAGAGUGGCUGGACCGGAUCAUUGAGGCUGUGCAGAAACAACCAUUGGAGUCUUCUAUGAUAGACAGAGAGACGCUAGAAGCAGCUGUACAAGACUGUGUGCAAGGAGGAGAGGAGGAUAGUGACCAGGUCUUCAGUGUGAUUGAUGCUUUUGCCAUUCCAAAGUUUGAUUACAACUCAGAAAGGAAGAAGUUUAUACCUUCCACAGCACCAAGAAGCCUACAUGGCCAGGCUACUGACAAGGCCCAACUCUUCAGGGACAGAUAUACUGUCCUGUUUCAGAGAACCUCCAGACAUGAGUUGUUCACACCUCCUGUCAUGGGAGCCAAUCCUGUACAACACACAAAGAAGUUCCAGUUGAGACCAGUGGAGUACCUGCUAGGAAGCGUUGCUAAGCUGGGAGAGAUCAUUGUGCUGGGCAUGGUGACCCAGCUCAAGCCUGGCAGCUACUACCUGGAGGAUCCCACUGGGGCAGUUAAGAUGGACCUCAGUCAAACCAACUUUCAUAAUGGAUUGUUCACAGAGAACUGCUUUGUUCUUGCUGAAGGAUGGUAUGAAGACCAGGUUUUCCAUGUAACUGCCUUUGGCUUUCCACCACCUGAACCAGCAAAGACAACAAGGGCCUACUUUGGAAACAUCAAUUUCUUUGGCGGUCCUUCUGCGACAUGUGCUAAGGCGUCUACCAAGCUGAGGGUGUUGGAGAGAGAGAAUGAAGAUGCCAUGAUUGUCUUCCUGUCAGACGUCUGGCUUGAUGAUUCAAAGGUGAUGGAGAAGCUGAGAGUGUUAUUCACAGGCUACAGCGAGAUCUGCCCAACAGCUUUUGUGCUGUGUGGAAACUUCACAUCAAGUCCUUUUGGAAGUUCCCAUAUUAAAACCCUAAGAGAGUCUUUUCGGGGACUAGGAAACCUUAUUGCACAGUUUCCAAGUCUGGUAGAGAGUUCCAGGUUCAUCUUUGUACCAGGAAGCCAGGACCCCGGCCCAGGGAACGUGCUGCCCAGACCGGCCAUCCCCGACUGUGUGACUGAAGAGCUCAGGAGGAAAGUGCCCACUGCCACGUUCACCACAAACCCAUGCAGGAUCCAGUACUGCACCCAGGAGAUUGUGGUGUUCCGUGAGGACAUGGUCACCAAGAUGUGCCGAAACUGUGUCAAGUUUCCCACCGACAGGGAUAUCUCCACACAUUUUGUGAAGACCCUAGCAUCCCAGGGCCACCUGUGCCCUCUCCCGCUGCAUGUAGAGCCAGUGUACUGGGGACAUGACCACGCCCUCAGGGUCUACCCUCUACCAGACGUCGUGGUGGUAGCAGACAAGUUUGACGCCUACAGCAGCACACACGUGGACUGUACCUUCGCAAAUCCUGGUUCCUUUGCAUGUAAUGAUGCAGUCUUCAAGGUGUACUAUCCAGCAACCAGGCAAAUGGAAGACAGCCAAAUCCGAGACUGAGGAUACGCCCAACUGUCAUGUCGCAGAACAUCAUAACUGAGUUGAUGUUGGUUUGCAUAACCUGUAUUUAAAAGAGUGCCUUUUUUAAAGUCAUGACAAACUACUCAAUGUAAUCGUGUAGAAUUGUGCAUUUAUUCUUAAUAACUUGAAAUCAGAAGAACAGAUGUGGUAAAGUGUAAUAGCAAUAAGAUCAAUAAAAGUUGUAUAUCGCUGCUAUACUGUGGUACAGAGUUGUUGAGUACGAGUGCAGCAUGAAGAAUAUCAGACACACAUUGACAAGACUAAUAUAAGAUGUACUUAGACUUAUUUUCUGUGGCCUUCAGGCAAGUAGGUACAUAUAUCUGCUUAAGAUGUACAUAUGACUUGAUAAAUUGCAGACCCUUUAAUAAAGCUGAGAUGUGGGUGCAUACAUGACAGUGCAGCUUCACACUUUCACAAAGUGUACUACAAACAUUAUAUGGAUUCAAAGACAGGAUUGACAUAAGGUGACAACUGCUAGCAGGGCUUGAAAUACCACCUGCAUAUGCUGAUCAGUGCAGCUAAAAUUGGGGCUGUGCAGGUAUUUCUGACGCCUACC